GGCAUGACUGCUACACCUAGCACCAAAAAUGGUUGCUGUGUGCAUAAGAAAUGGGAGACCAAAAAAGCAUGGCAGCUACUGGAUUAUCCGCUUUAGUAAUUAGAUUCUCUAAGGUAUUGCUUGGAUUGGAGGUGUCGGACGGAGAGGGAGGGGAAGGGAUGGGGACGGAUGGCAAGGGAGGGGGAGUGAGGGGGGCUGUCUCCUUCCUCCUGUUUGGGUUUCCAAAGAGGCAGAGGGGGAGGGAGAUGGACUGAUUCGGACUCCCUUCUACCACCCUCAAAUCUGCAGAUUUGCAAUCCGCCCGAUUUGAGGAGUUUGGGAGGGAUUUGCGUGACUGUUUAGAUUAAAUUAAAUGUAAUUAC